GAUUCGUGAUCUACAAGUGUUUGUCCUCUUCCGAUUGAUGAUUUUAAAUGCUUCAUGCCGUGUCGGUACUUGAAAACGACUAAACAAUUUGGCAGGGAUUCAAAUUUCUGUUUUGGGAUCAGAUCAGAUCAGAUAGCCGACCACCAUUUCUUCUGGGUGUGAUAAAAUCACGUAUUAGGCCGUUUUGAUUUUCGUGUUUCUACAUUAAAUGUGAUGUGACUAUGUAUUGGUCGUUUUCAAGCGCGUUUGAGCAAACGAAAAGGUGUUGAUGAACAUUAUCAUACGGAUUCGCAAGUAGAAGAUUAGUGACUCCUCAAAGUGGAUCGGAGGGAAUUACAAGAGACAUGGGUUUUUCACAGCUCAGAGUCUUUCUGGCCUUCAUAUCCGGUGCUAUAUUCAUGUUGUUCACCUUGACUAUGAUUAACCAACAAAUGUUCGUCUUCCAGAGACAUCCUCAUUCAACUUUGACCGCCAGGAACCAAGCAGUAAUUCAAAAAAAUGCCGUCCCUUUAUCUUUACACGCCUUAAAAGCAGCUCCGAGAACGACCGUGACGGAUUCUGAGUCGAACGGUAUUGCUGAAAAGAAGUUGUCAGAUGUUACACAACGGACACGCCUGCGUAAGGUCCGCCUGCUGUGCUGGGUCUUGACCUCCCCCAAAACAUUGAAAACAAAAGCGACGAUGGUUGCCAGAACUUGGGCAAAAAAGUGUUCUCAGACGCUUUUCAUGAGCUCUCAAAAGAGUACCAGUUUUCCCGGCAACGUCAUCGGGCUAGAAGUGGCCGAAGGUCGAAAUGCCUUGUGGAACAAAACUAGGAUGUCCUUAGAGUACAUUUACACGCAACAUUUCAACGAUGCUGAUUGGUUUUUCAAAGCCGAUGAUGACACGUACGUCGUCGUGGAGAAUUUAAUGGCGUUUUUAUCACGGCAGGAUCCCUCGGAACCGGUCUUUUUUGGAUUCAGUUUUAAUAAGACACUACCGUAUUUUAAGGUUGAAUCAAGGCAGAUGGAUUACAUGAGCGGCGGAGCUGGGUAUGCGAUGAGCAGGGAAGCACUCAGAAGGUUUGUGGAAGUAGGACUCCAGGACCGGACCGGGCAAUGUCCUGACAGCCACCUGGACUGGCCGGAGGAUUUGUGUCUAGGAAUGUGUAUGGAAAGCCUCGGUGUUCGUUCGAAAGACCAUCGCGAUCGGUAUGGACGAUUUCGGUUUCUUCCAAUAUAUCUGCAUUAUUUUUUGGAUGACGGUAUGAGUCCUCUCACAUGGCUUCAUGAAUAUUCCAAGUACAACAUCACAAGGGGGCAAGACUGUUGUUCAGAAUCACUCAUAAGCAUCCAUUAUGUCAAUCCGGGGGACAUGCUCGUCUACGACUUCCUUAUACACAAUGUUAAAGUAGGCCUACUCGAUGGAUAAACAGGCCUCAUACUUACAUGAACCUCAUUUUAUAUAUCCUAAUAACUGGAUCUAUACAACUGAUGUAUUGUAAUCCAGAGGUGUCGUGGUUUAGCGGAUACAUCACCUGAUCUUAAAUAGAGUCACUCGUCAGUUUCCAGGUGCAGAAGGUCAUAAUUCCCUGGCACCAGACUUGGUAGAAAUACCAUUAAUGGGUGAACAUGUCUGCGCACAGCAAACCCGUAGGCCAAUCAAGAAAUACCCCAAGUCUCUUGGAGAGUCUUCGGAUGAUGCAAAUGUCACAUAAUUACUUUCCCAUAUGGG